UUCUUCUUCCUUCUUCAUUCUUCAGAAUCCCCAAUUUCCCAGAACCCUAAAAUUUCUCUCUCUCAACACUUCGAAUUUCACAACCCAACUGUCCCAAUUAACAGUUGUCCCAACCUCCUCUUAUCCCCAAAAUUCCAUCUUCUCUUUUGUUUGGUGACUAAAAAAGUAAAAACCCUUCUUUUUUAAUUAUUAUUAUUAUUAUUAUUCCCAAAUCGAACCAAACAAAAUUUCAAAAAAUAAACCCUCCAAAAAUAGAAAAGACAAAGCCAAAAAAAUAAAAAUGGCAUCUAAGACGCUUCUUCCGAUAUCUAUGAAGAACAAGAGGGGUGCAAUUGCUUUGGAUCAUUCACCUCCAUUUUCCAUUUCUUCAAUUCCAAGUCGCACUCAUUCUUCUCCUUAUUCUUCUUCUUCUUCUUCAUCUGUUAAUGCAACGACAAUAAUGGUGGUGAAAGGAAUUGAAACCGAUGACGCUUCUGCAAGGCUCCUUCAACGUUCUUCAUCAGCAUCUUCUUCUUCUUCUUUAGAUGACGUCACCAACGUAAAGACCGUUAUGCCCUCCAAGCCAAACAUUCCAAAGGCGUCGAGCUUCAACAACGGUGGUCAGAAGAGGAGAAGGCGCAAUGCGAGUGAGGAUUCGUUUCCUUCGAUCUCCGAUGGUGGUGGUGGUGGCAAUGGGAAGGGAAAUGGAAAUGAAAUCAGAACCGUCGAUGGUGAUCGUCGCGGUGGUGGUGGUGGUGGUAGAAAGUUUUCGUCUUCUUCAAUUGGUGAGGAAGUUAGGCAUGUUGCAUCUGAAACAUUUCUAUUGACAAGGCUUUUCUUGACGAUGCUGGCAUAUCUUGGGAUAGGCUACAAAUGGAUCAUACAAUUCCUUGCACUUGGUUGUUAUGCAGUUAUGAUUUUCCCAGGAGUUAUUCAAGUUGGUUAUUACUAUUUCUGAUAAGUGAUGUAAGUUUUAUUAAUUAUUUUUAUUAUCUUUUACAGGCUUGACUUGUAUUUACCAAAAAAUAGCAAUGGUCCAAAACCAGUUGUCGCAUUUAUUACUGGUGGAGCCUGGAUUAUUGGCUACAAAGCAUGGGGUUCUCUUCUAGGAAAACAGUUAUCAGAGAGAGAUAUCAUUGUGGCAUGCAUUGAUUACAGAAAUUUUCCUCAGGGAACCAUGAGCGAUAUGCUAGCUGAUGCUUCCGAAGGAAUCUCAUUUGUGUGCAAUCACAUUGCAGAAUAUGGUGGUGACCCUAACAGAAUUUACCUAAUGGGGCAGUCAGCUGGGGCGCAUAUUGCCGCAUGUGCGAUUGUGGAGCAGGCAAUCAAAGAGGCUGCCAAAGAAGAGGGUAUUUCCUGGAGUCUUUCUCGGAUUAAGGCUUAUUUUGGAUUGUCCGGCGGGUAUAAUGUUUUUAAUCUGGUAGAUCAUUUCCAUAACAGAGGUCUUUAUCGAUCCAUAUUUUUAAGCAUAAUGGAAGGAGAGGAAGGCCUACGACGCUUUUCACCAGAAGUAAUGGUUCAAGAUCCAAACAUGGCAAAUGCUGUUUCUCUGCUACCUCCUAUUGUUCUUUUUCAUGGCACUGGAGAUUAUUCGAUUCCAUCAGAUGCUAGUACAUCAUUUGCUGAAACUCUUAAAAAACUUGGAGUCAAAGCUGAAGCAAUUCUCUAUGAAGGGAAGACUCAUACAGAUGUGUUUCUUCAGGAUCCGAUGAGAGGUGGCACGGAUGCCAUGUUCGAAGAUCUUGUCAGCUACAUUCAUGCUAACGAUCCUGAUGCACGCGCCAAAGAUGCCUUGGCUCCUCCAAGGAGACGCCUCGUACCUGAAUUCAUGUUGAAAUUGGCUCAUAUUGUUAGUCCUUUCUAGCUAGCCAACAUUCAUUUGAUUAGUUUGUGUUUUCAUUUUGUUUUUAUUUCUAAUGUUUCCUGUUUUCAGGAUUUUGUGAAGGAAAAAAAUGAUUGUUUUCUGUUUUCACUCUUGUUUUCUCUUUUUUCUUCACAAAAUUCUAAAAGCAGAAAAUAUUAAAAAUAAAAAUAGAAAACGAAAACGCAAGCCGAAUGCACAACUUCCAUAGUUGAUUUUGUUCUCCCUUCUUUUGUAAAUAACCAUUGUUAUGACAACCUAGGUUGUUUCUCAAUUAGAUAGGAUUAGCUCCCUAUUGGUUUCAAGAUUAUUGAAACCCCCAAAUAUGAAAUAGUUGAGGGAAGAUUUCUAUAAUUCUAUCUUGUAACUUUAAUCCAAACAAUAGUUAUCAUUUUGAGGAUUUAAUAUUUUGUUUCACUAACUGAAUCAAA